AUGGGUAUUCUUAAUCACAUUGCUUUGAUAAGCGCAACUUUUGUUAUCCUACAAACUCGUUGGUCAAGUAGUUGGCCUACGGAUCCAACCCUUGGCUUCCUACGACUCCCACUAAACAAAUCCAACUUUCACAUCCAAAAACCAUAUGAUUUGAAAGAAAGUGAGCGCUACAGCUUUAAACAUGGAGUGCACAAGAUGUGGGUAUACUUCACAGACAAGCCCCUCUAUCGUAAUAGUCCUACCCAUCCUCGAACUGAGAUCCGAAUAACGGGAUAUGAUUAUUCUUCGGGUGUAUGGCAAUUCGAAGGAUACGGGUAUGUACCAUGUGGAACAGCCAAUGUCACCAUAAUGCAAGUGUUUGGGGGAAGCCCUCAUGCAACAACGUUUAUGCUUAGAGUUGACCAAAAUGGUACCCUUACAUAUUAUAGGAGUGCCAUUUUGGCUUCAAACAUGUACGACAGGUGGUUCAGGCUUAAUGUGAUCCAUGAUGCCAAUGCUUCGCAUUUGAAGGUUUAUAUUGAUGGAGUUCUCAAGUUUGAGGCACCUGGUCGGGGAGGGACCUCGCAUUAUUUCAAAUGUGGUGUCUACUCGCAGCCAGAUGGUUCCUACUACAUGGAGUCUCGUUGGAAGGGAAUCAAAGUACUCAAGAAAUGUGGAUGA